AUGCUAUUCCUCCUGUACUGGCUGAACAGAUUUGUCUUCCCAAAUCGUUCCUCGGUAGUUCUGCUUGAAUACAGGAAUCUGGCAGAAGCGCUUCACAAUCAUGCUGAUGUAGGGCUUGGGCCUACAGUUCUAGCACACUUGCAUUUGGAGAAUCCUCUGAAUCUGUCUGCUCCAGGUGCAUUCUGGAUGAUCCAGAUCUGGCUGCAAGUGUAUUUCCCAGAACUGAGGUUUCCAGAUAUAGUUAUGCUUGAAGACCAAGUUCUGGCUCUCUCUCUGAUGUCGGCAGAAGUGCCCAAGCGUUCAAUUGAGCAGUACCUGAUGUUCUUCAGGCACUGA